GGCUUGUAAGUAAGCAUUUCACUGUGAGGUCUACACCUGUUGUAUUUGGCGCAUGUGGCAAAUAACAUUUGUCCCCGAAAACAUUGCUUUAGACACCAUUCACGACAGUUUAUUAUUGGAUCCCUACAAUGAUAAUGACAUGCAUGUGUUAAAAGAUUUUCUCCUUUAUUAUCGCAUAUCAUCAUGCGUAAAAUUGCCAAAGAGCUCCAAGUCUCCAUCCAGCUAUGAUUGGGCGAGCUCGUUUUGAGGCGGCAGGUAGUUAAGAGUUCACUUGAGGACCAAUUUGAAUGGUCUAAAACGAACUAACUCUGCACACCCGGGGCACUGGGCUAUGUAAAACGAAAUUGCCCAUUGAAACGUGAGCGAUGCGGUGCUCGUUCUCGUCUCUGAUUGGCUGGCCUGCGGUAUAGUCAAGCCAUUAGUAGGCUUUUCCGGUUUCUCCAGCUCAUACAAGUCAAUACGCUUGGAGUGCGGAUCUCCGCGCCACAGUCUCGCUGCAUAUGCAUGUGGAUGUUUGGGUGUCUUACCAAGAACUCGGUCAAGCCUUGUGAAAACGUGAAUACACGUUCUUUCUACUCUUGAUUUGCAAGUGAACAUGUUGAAUAUAAGGGCAGAGGAAACCUGCGGCUGAAUAUCAGUAGAAACUCACGGGUUUCAUUGGAGAAAGUGCUUGCUUUAUUCAAGUGGGGAAGAUAUAUUACGGAUUCUACCAGCAGUUACUUAUUCGGAGGACAAUAUGCCUCAGACGCCACCGCUGACAGGCAUGCUGGUCUCCAGUGGUUACAACAAGAACCAGAACCAGACCAAGGAAGAGGGAUACGGUAACACUGGACUGUAUUACCAUGACAACACCCUGGUGUCCGGCUCGCUGGAGGCCCUCAUCCACCACCUCGUCCCCAACAUGGACUACUACCCUGACAGGAAAUACAUAUUCCCCUUCCUGCUCUCUUCUCGUCUGUUCAUCCAACCCCACGAGCUCAUGUCCAAAGUGUGUCACCUAUGUCUGGAACAGCGGAGACUGAGCGACCCUCAGGCAGACACGAUGAGGAUCAGGAAGAUGGCUCCGAAGAUCCUCCAGCUGCUCCAGGAGUGGACGGAGACGUUCUCCUACGACUUCAGAGAUGAGAGGUUGAUGAGGAGCCUGAAGGAGCUGACCCAACGCCUGGCCUCGGGGGACGAGCUGUACAGGAAGAUGGUCCACCAGAUGAUUCAGGUGUUAAUCAGGAAGCUGACUUCUCUGAGCCAUUACGAGGAGGCCCUGGUCAAGAUCAACGCUACGGCCACAGACAGGCUGACUGUGCUCAAGGCCAAGCCUCAGGCCAUCCAGAGGGACAUGCUGUCCAUCUGCAACGACCCCUUCACCAUGGCCCAGCAACUCACUCACAUAGAACUGGAGAGACUGAGCUACAUCGAACCAGAGGAAUUCAUCCAGGCCUUUGAGAAGAAAGAUCUUCUGGACAAUGAUAAGAGCUGUUUCAGCGACCACAAGAAGGCUAGCAGCCUGGAGGCGUAUGUAGAGUGGUUCAACAGACUCAGCUUCCUGGUGGCCACAGAGAUCUGCAUGCCCGUAAAGAAGAAGCAGCGAGCGCGAGUCAUGGAGUUCUUCAUCGACGUGGCGCGGGAAUGUUUCAACAUCGGCAACUUCAACUCCCUCAUGGCCAUUAUCUCUGGGAUGAACAUGAGUCCUGUGUCUCGACUGAAGAAGACCUGGAGCAAAGUCAAGACUGCCAAGUUUGACGUCUUGGAG